AUGACAACCGUACAUAUUGGAAGUAUGCAUGUAUUUCCACCAUGAAAUGGUUGACCAGAAAAUUGAUCGUUUGAAUGGUUUCUGUUGAUUAGAACACCCCCAGGAACGCUAUUGAUGCAAAACAAGUCAGAGGACGCUGACUUUUACAGCAUUUGAUUGCGAACCCGACUUAGAAGUUCUUGUAGGAGCAUGUCGGUGUUUGCGAAGUUCAGAGCAGAGAUGGAAGAAGCCGCCUCUCUGCAAUCUUCCACCGUCAAGAUGCUAAGGGCCAUUUCAGAGCGUGCUCGUGAUUCAGGUCAACAGAUCAUAUUUUUAUCUAUAGAGGGUAUCCGGGUGGCCCAGGCCCACAAAGGUUUCCUCUUAUGUAAUUUCAAAGUACCCAAUGGCGUAUCAGAUGAAAAUGAGAAUUGGCAUCCCGGAGCAAUCGCUACGUUAAUUGACAACAUUGGCACCUUGGCCACUUUUUCCCUUGUUCCAGCUUUCAAUGUCUCUGUCGAUUUCUCUAUAUCCUUCUUCUCCACCGCUAAGGUUCAGGAAGAGGUUGAAGUAGAGGCAAAGGUUGUGGGGAAGAAGGAGAGAUUAACUUGUGUGGCUGUUCAAGUUAGGAAGAAAGCGAAUGGAGAAUUGAUUGCUUCGGGAAAGCAAUGGAUGGCAGCUACUAAUGUCAUUGCAGGCCUUCGAACCAUUUGCAGGAUGAAAAUGGAAUCUGUCAUGCAGGAGCAAUCACUACUUUAGUUGAUACCUUUGGAAGCUUGAAUGACUACUCCAUCACCUCAUGUGUUCUGUUGAUUUUACAAUUUCAUACCAUUCAAUGGAAAGAGUUCAGAGUAUCUGAUAUCUUAGGCCUGCCUCACAUUGAGCUGAGGGCCUUAGCAGGGCCAAUACUAAUUUGGAGUCAAGAUGGGAUCCUUUUAGAUUACCACCAACAUUACUGCAUUGGUUCGAGACCUCUAAUUAAGUUAGUACAACUCCUUUAUCAAUUUAACUCCUUUAUCAAUUUAACCAAAUGUUGAGUAGUAUUGAAGAAGCUUUUAGUUAUAAAGCAUUGAUGCUUAUAAAAGGAACUAUAAUAUAUUUGAUAUGCAUAGUUUCUUGUUCCAUAUCCCUAUCCAUCAGGAUACCACCUUAAGUCAUGAAUCUGAAUUUCCUUGUGUCAAAUAGCUCAAUUUCACUUCUCCUUCUCCUUCUCCUUCUUUGAAAACUUUCACUAUUAGUAGAAGAACUUAACUAGUAACAUGGUGAAUUGGCAUUCAUUUGAGCAUGGCUGCAUAAAAUUUGACUGUAAUUUAAUAGUAAAUGGAGAUGUGAGUGGAUCAUAUGGAGGUGCCAUUAAGGAUGAAGAAGUGAUAGGCCCAAAGCUAAUGGGCCCUUACAGUAGGCCCAAGUUGAGGCAUGUAGAGUGCAUGAAGGGUUGUUUGACUUCUAUAUUUAAGGGGUAAAGGGUGAGUGGGAAGGCAAGAAAAAAGUGAGUAUGAAAUAAUUUGCAUUCUAGCAUUAUUUUGUCUGAAUUUAAAGUUUUGAGGAUCGCUCUACGUGGGUUUGACUUUGCUCUCUCUUGGUUUGCACAUCAACGUGCUUCUGGCGUUCAAUGGACAACCAAAGUUACACGAAAAUUCCUCCGAACCAACCUAAAGAUGACUCUGAUCCAUCGAAUUUGAAGAAAAAAAAGAAGCUAAUGGAAGCUCCUGAAGAACCUAUCAUGGACUCCCUUAUGGACAUGGAAAUGGUUGGGGAAGGUGAAACCUUGAUCAAUGAUGCCACACCCCAAGAAUAAUCUCAACCCAGCUCCAGUGAAACUAAAAGGAAACAAGAACAACCUCCAAUCUCUAAGAACAUGUAUUCGCCCAUCAUCAACACGGUUCAAAAAUGCCUUUCAUCUUGGAAAGGAUUGGUUAAAGUCUAAUUUUCUCAACAAAUUUGAUGGAGCAUCUGGUGAUGGACCCAAGUUUUCAGCACUACCUGUUGGCUUUUAUGGAAAAAUAGAUGCCGAGAAGCUUUAGAAGGAAAAAGAUAUGCAGCCAAUGAAAUCUAUCGUUGGGUCCCUUUUAUCAUGUCACUGAAGGAGUGGAGAAAGGAAAAUGCUACCAUAAAAUCUUUCGCUGCACUGAAUCUUCAGAAACCAAGUGGACUCCACCGACAGCACACCGCCUCAGAAUUGAUGUGGAUGGCUGAGGAUAUGCCUCUUUGUGGUGGCGUCAUGGGAGACUUGAGAUCUCACAAGUUCGAGAGUUCCUAUUCUCCAAUUGCAACGCUGCAAGUUCUUAGUCUAAAGAUGCUCAUCAUCAUCCCACGGAUACUCACCGAGUGUGGAAGGACCCUCCUCUUAAUUGUUUGGCCUUCUAUCAGGCCGAGUUCAUUGUGUAAUUUGCUGUGACUUCUACUUCAUCAGA